AUGAGCAGUCAGCGACCAUACCUCAUCUCUCCGCAAAUUGGACAGGAUGGAGCUAGGCAUUGGUGGUUGUGGACUCAGCAGCGUAAAGGAUUGGAAACUGAAUUUAAGUUUACGGUGUGCUUUGAGGAAGUUCAUCAGGCCAUUUCGGUCGCACAUUCAUCUGUGGGUCAUGGCGGUGAAAAGAAAACUUUCAAAGAAGGACAAAAGAAGUGGGCUAAUUUGACUAUGCAGUCCUGCCAGAUGUUCAUAAGUUUUUACAUUGAGAGUCGAGAGAAGAAAAAACGUAGAGUACAUAAAGGUCUGGUGGUGAAGCCUGUUAGAAGCGAGACUAUUUUUUCUCGAUGCCAAAUUGACUUGAUCAAUUUUCAAACAUUACCUGAUGGGGAAUUUAAAUAUAUUCUGACCUUCAUCAACCAUUUCAGCAAGUUUUGUGUGCUGCGGCCCCUUACAUCAAAACGAGCUGAGGAGGUUGCUAACACGCUUCUCCCAAUAUUUUUGACCUUUGGCGCUCCCAUUAUCCUGCCUGAACUUAAGCUCGUCACUGGUCGGCCGCGCCACCCACAAAGCCAAGGUGCAGUUGAAAGAUUGAAUGGAGUCAUUCAAGACAAAUUAAAAAUUUGA